UCCAGUUAUGUUCCAACUUCCGUCGUGUUUGUACCUAUAAAAUGUUGUUCGGUUGGAAUAAGUUAAUUUGUUUUACAGUUUUGUUCGGAAUUUUAAAGUUAAUACCUUCGAUUAAGGCUGCUAAUAAAGUGGGCCAUGGCAGAAGUUUAAUAUUUCCUCCUACAACACCCACUAGGCUUCAGUUUAUUUGCGGUAUUGGAAUUCCGGUAGAAGAUUUGCAUUAUGAAUCAAUCACAUCAGGUUAUGUGUUAAAGGCUGAAUAUUUUUUACCCACGAAUGCUACGCAGCUUCAUCCAGAUUAUCUUAAGCCACAGACUAUUCAUAGGCGUAGUAUUUUGGAAGAGAACGAUGAUUUUCUUGAGGAUGAUACCAACAAAGUGACGGAAGUAGACCAACAUUUUGAUUUCGCCUCAACUAAAAAUCCUUUUCGAAGUAAACCAAAUGAUUUAUCUACAUAUCGUUGGACAAUAUAUAAGGCGUUGGAGACUCUCGGUGAUAGAAUGGGUCUGGUUGGAAGAGCGUGCAUGCUUAAAAGCAUAUGUGAAUCAGCUAGUGCCCCGUUUCAUCAUGCCAGUGGAAUACUUGCGGAAAUAGCUCACAUAAUAAUGACACCAUCUUCGUCUAAAGAUGAACUGAACCAUUAUUCAAACAACGAAUAUCUUCAUGCGGAAAUGUUGGGACAUUCUGGUGCUGCUUGUUCACGUUUAUUUACUGAGUGCCAACAAUCUCUUUUGGAACAAUUUUCGACAGUCUUUACCUAUUCUAGAAAUGCUUUAAAGGAGUUAUUGUAUCUCAAGAAGUACCAUCAUUGUGCGUUGUUUAUUCAAGUUUCAAAGAAAGGAAAAAUGAACUUAAAAUUGUUUUGUAUAAUAGUUUUGCUUCAAACCACAAAUAUAAUAUCAUCUCUGGGAUUGAUGCAUAUGCAAAGUAAACGUUUUGUUCCACCAAUAGUGUUUCUUCCGACUGCUCCGACUCGUGUUCAGCUGAUUUUCGGUGUUGGUAUCCCAGAAGAAGAUUUGGAUUUUGAAUCACUGACAAAUGGAUGGGUUUUAAAGUAUGAAUACUUCCUACCAUCAAAUGCAACACAAUUAUAUGUCCCUGAUCGACUGAACAUUGCUGGAAGAAGUAUUCCAGAUAAAGUCGAAAAGUACAAUGUUGAAGCGGUAGAGAUUGCAUAUGGUCUUGAUGACAAUGAUUUGGAUUCGGACAUCGAUGAAGUUAGGACGGAUUUUGACGAACUUUAUGAGAUUCGUAAAAGGGAACAAAAACACCUUUCAAAUUAUCGCUGGGUAAUUUAUAAAGCUCUUGAGGCUGCAAUGGAUAGAAAAGGACUUUCAGGGCGAACAUGCGUUCUUAGGAGUAUAUGUGAAGCAUCAAGUCUCCCAUUUUAUUACCAAAAUGGUAUUUUUGCUGAUUUGAUACACAUUAUUUUGGUACCAUCAUCAUCAGUGGACAAAUUAUCUUCGCAUUCGGAUAACGAAUACUUUCAGGCGGAAGUUUUGGGCAAAUCUGGAGCACCAUGCAGUGUUGUUUUUAAAGAUUGCAAGUUGUCGCUAUUGGAUAUUUUUACAAAUAUAUUAGAUAUACAAAUGUAA